UAGCAAAUGUUUAUUUAUAUCAAAAUACAAAACAUUUCUGAAGCAGAGUAAUGUUACAUGAGGAGCAGUUAAAUACUAAACUUCUUUAAUUAAUUUAACUUGCAACACUCCAGGGGACCUUCACUGGCUACACAUCUUAUCAGUCGAUGUGCCUUUUUUCUGUGUAUUUGCUUAUCUCCUUUUUCAUUCAUUUUGAUUCUUAAUUCAGGAUAUGAACAUGCAGUGUUAAUGAUGAUGAGUUGGUUAGUAUUUAGCAAGCCUGAAAAUACCAGCAAGUGAAGCCUGGUGUGGCAGCCUGGCUGUGGGAGGCUGCACAUUCUCUCCCUACCUGAGCUUGGGGUAUCACUCAGGUUUUAACCAGCAACUCUAAGGCCAAAAGGAUCGCUGUCGUUGGUAGCCAGGGCAGGCAUUAUUGCUUAGGGCCACAGAGCAGGUGUGGCUCAGGGGUCAUCUCCAAUGAGGUCUUCUCGAUGGACUGAGAAGAAAUGGAUUAGGAAAGCCAGUAUCCCAGGCCCAGGCACAGGAGGUCCAGGGACCCUGCCAGAGGAUCCCUCAUCCCCAAGAAACCAAGCAAGGCCUGGGGAGGAAAAAGGUGCCUCUCAGUCUUGGAAGUCUGUGAUUUGGGAGCUGGAGGUGCCUGCCCCUUACACGGGCCCUUUACAAAUGCUUAAGAAUUUGGAGAUUUUGAGGAAAAAAAAAAAGCACCUGGUUGAGAAUGUAGCUGUUUCCAAUAGACCUCCCUUCACUGAUGGAGGGGGAAAGGAGAUAGGAAACAGGAGAGAGAGCAUUCCCCCCUCUUCUUCCCACAACCCCUCUCUCUGAGCCAGCCUGGCUCUCCCUUUCUAGACCCACUUAGUGCGUGCACUUUGGCAUUGUGCACUUAUCAGCUCACACGCACAAAACACGUACACACACGCGUGUGCACACACAUUCACACAUGCACACACAUGCCUGGCUUCCCUUUAGAGUCUGCUCAGGCAGCAGAACGGUGUCCCGUCCUCACCAUCAUCUUUUGCUCCCAGGGAUCCCCUUGGCCCACAGGUCCCCAAGACCCGGCCCCAGGCUUGGCACCUGCUGGCAUUCCCAGGCUUUUGAGAAACAGGUGAUAGAGCAGGGAGCUCCCCACAGACAGGUUACAGAGUAUAGAACAUGUUCAUAUAAGGCUUUGGUACAGCACCGAUUUAAUGUUCUUAUAGUUUGAGUUCUAAGUCAUCUUUGAGAAGGAAAAAAAAAAGCUUACUGAAAAAAUAGUGUUUUUAUUUACUUUUGAGUUACAUACCUGAAGUUCAAAAAGUAAGCCUGUAGUUGCCGUUCAAAUUCACUCAAAGGUGUUCCGUGUGCAGCUGUACAGUUUGUUGGUUUGUCUUUAAUAUUGAACCAAAGUCAGCGAAUCAAUACCAUGAAGUCAGCUGCCCGCGAUAACUGACUUUAACCAGUCCACACAGACGGAAAGAAAAGAGAAGAAGAGAAAGAGAGAGAGAACACAAAAGCCACCCCCUAAGUCUCCCACCCCAAACCCUAGGGGAAAAAAUCUACCAGAAGAUAAAGUACAGGAAGAGAUGAGGAACCAGCGGAGCGAAGGAGAUUCGGUCAGCUGGCGUCUUCGGGAACAGCACCAUGAAGCACCCUGGCGCGGUUAUGUUGUAAUACUUAACAUUCAAGAAAUGGAAAUGAGGUUUGAAUGGUCCGCAUAAGAAGACCUGGCGUGGAUGGGGGGUAACCCCCAAAGAAAGUGGAAGAAAAGAAAAAGAGAGUUCGAAAUGAGAGCAAGAAAUCUCAUAACGAAAGUGAUGGUCGUAUCCAGACCCGUCAAAAGAGAACCAGAGCAAGAGGCCACUGGACAUCUAGAGGUACAGAGAUUGUAGGGGGUCCGAGGGAGGCAGCAUCGGGAGCUCCUCCCCACCCACGCAGCUCCUCACCGCCUCCCCCUGCCCCCGGGUGUAUCUGCAGACCACCGGGGAAACAGGGCAAAGAAAUGUAUAUAAAACUUGCUUCCAGGCAUGCGAUGGAAGGAUUCUAGCCAGGAGGAUCCAAGUCCCUCCUGGUGGAAGAGAAAAGGUUGAAGACAAAAGGGGAAGAAUUGAAGCAGUUGUGGUCCCUUCACUUGGGGUCUGUGGAGAAGUGGGAGCAGCUGGUUGAGAGCGCACCAUCUUCAGCCCACAAAUGGCAGUUAAGAAAUUAAAUCUGAAUGGGCCUUCGAGAUCUUCUGACACUGGUGGGGAUGACUUAGUAAAUGGAAUGCUCAACUGCUGUUCUCCCUAACCAGCCGUCCCCCUCUGACACCUCCAUCCAAAGUUCCACUACCAAGAUCAUUCCAUAACCCUGAACACUACACUAGUUCAUUAAGCCACAGGAGAGACCACCAUGGCCAAUCCCUUACCCACAGGGACGUGCACUGCGUGGGCUCUCCCACCUCCCACCUCCCACUUUCACAUCGCCCAGUGUGGCAAAUGUGAAUAUCCACAGCACAGGAGUGGAUGAACCCAGCAAAAAAAUCCAAGGAGAACGGACAAUUCCUUCUUCCCAAGCUAUCAGUUGAUGACAAUGGGGAAAAGGCCCACACCAGUCCUUGUGGGACCAAUUCCCAGCAGCUCUGUCUACUCCAAACUCUUGCUGUAUAAAACAGACAGAGGUCCAAAAUAAAAACAACUCUAUAGACUCCCCCACCUCCUACCCAAAGGGAAAAGCACCAAAAUUCAAUGUCCCUUCCACUAUAUGGGGACCAAGGAGUAUGUCAAAAGAGAUGGAACAGCCCAGGUUUCUGGCAGUGGCCAUGGGCCUCAAAGGCUCCAUCAGAGCAUCCAUCCAUCCACCUGUCCCAUUAACUGAGAAGUUCAAAGACCUCUUUGCUCACUCCAUACAAAAUCAGAUCUCAAUCCCCUUUGCUCCCCAUGCCUUUGUGAAAGGCCAGCUCUACGGGGAAACUGGAGAUUGCUUUUGGACUCUCUAUCCUUUCCCCUCUGACACGUGCCCUUUCACCACCUUGCUGAGGCUUCACCUUGGAGGGGACACAGGGCAGCACUAGGCCCUCUCUGAGCUCUAAAAUUUCCAGGCAGGGAAUAUAUCCCCCACUUUCCCUCUUCCUCCCCAAAUCAAAGAGUCCAUUUGCAGGUUGAGGAAUGGGACAGCACUGUGCAGAAUGGCUCUCCUGACCUCCCAUCCCUUGACACUGCUGAGGUCUCCUCUGACUCAGUGUGGGAUGGACAGCCGAGCAUUGGGGGACUCCUGGCUGUCAUGAAAGCACUCACCCCAUGAGGUGCCUGUGGUACUGAAGUGAUGUACCCUGCUGGUUACAUGUGCGCUAGAAGUGGGGCAGAGUCUACAGAGGAGAGAGGAGUGUGGCUCCAAGAGCCAAAAGAACAGGACUGGAAACUCCCUAAACAGAGGCUUUGGUGGCAGAGGUGGGGGGCGUGCCUCGCAAGCCAGGAAGGGGCAGAAUCUACUGCCCUUCCUGCUCAAGCUUCCUGAAAACCUGUACAAGAAACAUGAGGCUGUGGCCUCCUUAUGCCUUCUGAAGACAUGCAGGAAAGAUUAGUCAAUGGCAGGAUGGACACACCGCCAGUGGGACACAGUAUUGGGGUCCUCCCAAGACUGCACGCACAGAGCCUGUUUUCCUCAGGAAAUGGAAGGUGUUUUGUUUGAGUACAUAAUUUGACCCAAGGAAGGUGCCUGAGUGAGUGGCAGAGCCCCAUAACGUCCACAAAAGGGAUCAGGAGUCAGACUCAAGCUUUGCCCCAACCUACUCUCCCCACAAUACCCCCAAAAUGUAAAAAGAGCCCUUCCCAGCACUGAGGUGGCUGAGUUCCUCUAACGAUCAAACUCCAUAGAUCAGAGCUCUUAGAAAGCAUCACAUUUUGAUUGGGGGAAGGGUUGGUAUUGCCUUAUUUUGAGUAACAAGCAGGCGUAAUUGCAGAGAGUCAUGAGUCCCUCCUCCCCUCCUGCGCCAUCUGGCCCUGUACCAGCUUCAAACACAUCACUCUGUGCUCUUGGCAAGUCCGAAGAAAGAGCUAGCACCCAGGAGACGCUUGCUGAGGCUGCAAGGCAUGGGGCGCUUGCAGUGUAUGUGAGAUCUCCAAUUUGCUCAGAGAGGUAUUCUUUAGGACACUCAGAGAUAAGCAGACUCCUGCUCCCCAGAAUCUCUCAUUCUGGGUCAAACUCUGCCAAAACAUGGUUCAGUUUUCUAAGUCUCAGGCUCGAUGCCUCCAGAAAGGUUCCACUAGGACGCACCCUCCCAGUCCUGCCCAAAGUUAAUCUCUUACUCGUUAUCAACACCCCCGCAGUGUCCAGGACUGGACCAUUCCAUUUCCAAUGGCACUUUAUUUUCUAAUUUAAAAAAACUGAAAGAAGCACAGAUGACAUUUAUACUAGUUACCACAUUCCCACUGGUUCCAAGAAUCCGCAGCAAGAACAACCAGGCUGUGUCUUCUCCAAGACCGAGCCCACGUGGUCAGCCUCAUAAACCCUCCCACCGUCACACCCUCCAGGAGCUGUUGGGGUCACAGUGUACAACUCACACAAGUGUCACUGGAAGCCCCGGGUAACCCUGACCUCCCCUUUCUAAUGCUGCAACGUGGGGUUCCUUCAGGGGAAACUGGCACCAGCCCACAGUCACGGGUGGGGGGGAUGGUCCCCAGCGAUUUCAUCUCUGUGCCACCCUGGCUCUGUCAGCGUCCUCCCAGCAGCAAGAGGCACGUGGAUCCUGAUUCUUCGGAACUCUUAGAUCCUGUUGCUCCACACAACUUUCAGCUCACUGUCCUUUCUGCAAGUGGGUUAUUGGUUUUGUUUUAUAUCUACUUUUAUAUAUACACAUUUCCAUCCGAAAGACUUAAAGCAACUCUGAGCAGAAUCUGAAAGCAAGGAUGGGGGGGAGGUGGCGUCAAGGCGUGAGCUAGUAUCCCCGACCCCCGGGGAAGGCGGCACUGCUCAAAACAUCUCUAAGCACAGGUACAAAAAUAGAGCAAACUAUGACUUCAUAGAGAUAUAGAGCUAUAGAGAUAAGAUCGCUAGAUAGACUUUGUAUAGAUUCCCUUCACGUUUACACCGUGUGCAGCGGCCCGGCCCUCACGCAUCUUGCCCGGCUUCAAGCUCUCGUCCCUGCCCCCACCCCCAAGGUGCACAAGCGCCCACUGGCCACUGCUGCAUCCGACCCCACCCCCCCAAGUUCCCUCUCUCCUUAAAAUAGAGCAAAUUAUGUAUAUUUAUAUAAUUUUAUAUACAAUCUCCAUAAAAAAUACACUUAAGAUGGUGUAUUACUAAUUUGACCCUCCUACCAAAGCAGAAGUCGUCUAGCAAAGAAGGAGCCAACCGAAAACAGGGUCUCCUGGGCCCAAUGGCGCUAGUCAGGCAAAUCAGUGUGUCCAUGCAAAUCCUACACACACCACACAGACCUAUUACACACCACACACAGACCUAUUCCCACACGCACACACACCACACCCACAUCACACACCAGAUACACACAUAUUACACACCACACCCACAUCACACACCAGAUACACACAUAUUACACACCACACCCACAUCACGCACCAGAUACACACACAUUACACACCACACACACCCCACCCACAUCUCACACCAGAUACACACACAUUACACACCACACACACCCCACCCACAUCUCACACCAGGUACACACAUAUUACACACCACACACACCACACUCACAUCACACACCAGAUACACACAUAUUACACACCACACCCACAUCACACACCAGAUACACACACAUUACACACCACACACACCACACCCACAUCACACACCAGAUACACACAUAUUACACACCACACACACCACACCCACAAUACACACAUAUUACACACCACACCCACAUCAUGCACCAGAUACACACAUAUUACACACCACACACAGACCUAUUCCCCCACACACAUGCACCACACCCACAUCACACACCAGAUACACACAUUACAUACACAUAUUACAUCCCCCCCAGACACACCUAUUCCCAUAUACACACCUAUUCCCAUAUACACAGCACACCACACCACACAAUCACACCACACACACAUACCACACACUAAACACACACCUUUUCUCACAUAAACACCUAUUCACACCACAUACACACGUCACAUACCACACACACAUAUCACACACCACAUACACACAUAUUCCCACACAGACCCCCCCCAUACAGAUACCGACCAUACACACCAUCCCAUACACAGCACAAACAACACAAACACUACAAAACACACCACAAUGUACAUACAUACACACACACACACACACACAUCACUUCCUGAACCUGAAAAAGGAACCCUGGGCUAGAUGCUGGCCGGGUCAGAUCAGGGAGAGGCCUCGUCCCCACAGCAGGACAGAGAGGACAAUCCCAUUUCUCUGACCCAGCCAGGACACCGUGGACUCCAGAGAGACCUCACUGUCUGCAGAAGUGUAGACACUAUCAGUACAGUAACUGAUGGUUUCCCUUCUAAGAAACACAAGAAGACAACAAGGAGGUUCAGCCCUCCACCAGAAGUGAGGUCUCACAGGUCCCUAAGCCGGAAGGAAGCAAAAGCCCUUGUACCCCACAAGAGGAGGCCCUGCCUCUGCUCCUUCCCUACAAUUCCCGUGAACACCCCACACCCAGCCCCAAAGCAUGCUCACAGCAUUUCUAAGGCUGAAAAUGCAACCCCCUUCCCCAGCCCAACCCUCGUACCCAACAACCUCCCAUCAUGGACCAUGCACAUGUUCAGAUCCUAGAGCCAUAAAGAAGUGGGGGGCUGAAGGAAAGGGAACCUGAUUGGGGUGCAGAUAGGAGGGAGCAUCCGCCCUAGGUCCCAAUAUAAAUCUGAGAAAUCCAGUGCUUGGGAGAGAUGGGAUUGGUGGAGAACAUUUCUUCAAGAUUCAAAAGAUAAAUAGGCACACACAGCCUUUAUGUCCCCAUCCAGGGGGAUGAGAAAGGUGGACAGUUAGGGGCAGGAGCUGAGGAUAUGUCCACUUUUUCAAAUGCUCUAAUCCGGCUCUCCUAGGCAAUGAUCCAAAGCUGACAACAGUGUCACCAGCUCCCUUCAGAAACCCUAACUACUACUACCAACCUACAGAGAAGAGAGUACCCACAAUUUGGUGACUGCUUGCUCUUCUAUCAA